UUACCAGAAGAGGCCGCUAGUUUCUCCUUUCUGAAGCUUCUGCAACACACUCACGCGGUGCACUCCAUCUUCCAGUUGCUUCCAUGGAUUCUCAAACAGCAUUAGAGCUCGUAAAAACUGGCGCUACCCUGCUCUUCCUCGAUGUUCCUCAGCACACCCUUGUUGCCAUCGAUACUCAGAUGUUCUUUGUUGGACCUGCUUUUAAGGGUAUUAAGAUGAUUCCUCCGGGUACUCAUUUUGUUUACUAUAGUUCAUCAACCAGAGAUGGAAAGGAGUUUUCACCGAUUAUUGGAUUCUUCAUUGAUGUUAGCCCUUCAGAGGUAAUUGUUCGUAAAUGGGACCAACAAGAGGAAAGGCUAGUCAAAGUAUCCGAGGAAGAGGAAGGAAGAUAUAGUCAGGCUGUAAAAAAUAUGGAAUUUGACCAACAUCUCGGGCCUUACAAUCAUAGCGAUUAUGAAGAUUGGAAGCGAUUAUCUAAUUUCGUUACAAAGAGCAUCAUCGAACGGCAUGAGCCUAUCGGAGGAGAAAUCAGUGUUGAUUGCGAAAAUGAUAUGUUUAGAAACACUCCUAAAACAUCAAUGGAGGAAGCACUAGACAAGCAGCUAAAGAUUGGUAAUUCUGCAACGUCUGUUGGCACAAACCAGAGAAAAGGAUGUUAUUAUACCUCGAUUCCACGUGUUGUAAAACGCAAGGGGAUCACUGCACAGGAACUUACUUCUUUGAAUCAUGACAAGACACAAUUGCUAGAAACUCUUCUGGCAAAAGAUUAUGGAGGUUCUGAAGAAUUGCUCCUCGGAGAACUGCAGUUUGCAUUUAUUGCCUUUUUGAUGGGUCAGUCUCUAGAAGCGUUUCUGCAGUGGAAAUCUUUGGUUAGCCUGCUGUUUGGCUGCACUGAAGCACCUUUCCACACACGAACUCGGUUAUUCACCAAGUUCAUAAAAGUCAUCUAUUAUCAACUAAAAUACGGAUUACAGAAAGAUCGCAAGGAUGAUACAGGACCACCAUUGUUGGAUGAUUCUUGGCUUUCUACCGAUAGCUUUUUGCACUAUCUUUGUAAGGACUUCUUUUCGUUGGUGUUAGAUGGAUCAGUUGUUGAUGGAGAUAUUUUAAAAUGGACAAGGAAAUUUAAGGAGCUAUUAGAGAAUAGUCUAGGGUGGGAGUUUCAGCAGAACAGUGCUGUCGAUGGUUUGUAUUUUGAUGAGAAUGACGAGUUUGCUCCUGUAGUUGAGAUGUUAGAUGAUGAAGCUCAUGCAGUGUAGAAAUGUGGAUCAUGUAAUUUCUUCGCUAUAAAAGGGUGUUUCCGAGGAUCAAAAUCUCGAGUCUUUUGCCACUUUGCACGACCUUUAGCCACCUAGUGUGAUAGACAACCCUUGAUUCACAUUGUGAAAUACAACAUAUGUAAAUCCAUGUUAGCAAAAUGUAGAAAAUGAGUUUCUAGUUUACACCAGAAUAGAAGAUCAUUAUAUUUUGCGAUAUCAUUAUUUGUAUCUGCAUCUAUAAUAGAGAUUGAGUUUGAUUUCAUAAGUAAAAUGAUCCAAAACAAGAAAGAACCAUUUAUUAAUAGAGUUGAUUAAGGAUGAGGAUAUGAAAACAAGAGGUAGAAUGUAAAGGAUUAAACCCUUUUUUUCUCCUUACACUA